AUGGCGGCACAGCUGUUUCAGUGUCUGCCUGCCAUGCUGGAGUCAAAGAGGGAGGAUGGCAACUUCCAGGAAAGAAUACAUGCUGAGAUGCACAAGCUCAUGUUCGACCAGGACAUGUUUCACUGUAUCAAACUGUUUCAAGGAGAGAUGAUGACGUGGAAACGCAUCCCUCACUACUCUCAGUGCCAACAUCACAUGCAGGCUGCCUGUGUGCACAACGACAAGUCAAGAUGGGCCUCCGACCUUGCGAGCUCCUUCAGCUUCGUUCCUAUCUUCACGAGCCUUCACGACCAGAACACUCUCCAAGAGCUGGCCACCAUCCAGCCAGAGCUCGGACAGGACAGAGAAGACAAGAUGCUCGCAGAGAUGCUCGCGGCUCUUUAUCUGAUCUACAACAACGAUCGGGGAAGCUCUCAGAUCAAGGUGGUCGCUCCGGUCCUUCUAUCCGACGGCAGCAAGACGAUAUCUGCAGAGGACUUGAACAAGUUGAGCAACCUCCCAUCCACCCUGACGUGCAACCUCGCGGCGACCGAACUCGCCAACAUUGGAUGUGGUAAGAUGUCAGAAAUAUGCGACAACCUCCAUCGUUGGUCGAUCAAGCAAGUCGUCUUGGAAUUUUUUUCAGAAUUCAAAAGCAACGCUGCAGACGAUUUGAGAGAGUUGAGAAUAUGUCCUACACAGAUCUGUUACUUCCAGCAACCCCUCUGCGUUCAAGGGAAUCUGAACAGUGACUUAGAGUUCGAAUGGUUGCAGAACAUGAAUAGCCUUUUGAAAGGUUCUUUCAUGAACUACCUGGAGAACAAAAUAACGGAGUACAUGAAGCACAACACGUAUGGUGCAGAACUAAACAAGAUCAUCCAUGAGAUCGGGCUUGAUGGACGAUUCAAAGACGUCUUCUCGAUGUUUGAAGCUCCUUUCAAGACUCCUUUUGACAAGGUGUUCAAAAGCGGCUUCCUGGAGGAAUGCUUCAUUGCUGGCAAGUGCAGGGUCUAUGACACGGACGUUCUGCCCGUCACUUUUCCCGCAGAAGAGAGUGUACAGAAACUGAGAGCCAACCGGGAUCAGAUGGAGAAUGACGACAGGAUGAAAGACUUGCGGACUCGAUUCUUCACGUUCAAGGACGUGGAGGCCGACGGGAUCCUCGCCAUGAUGACGACCAACUGUAUCGAGACCGGGAUCUUGAAGCUGCCGACACAGGCGGCUAUGCUCGGCUUGUGCGGCCUCUACUGCACUUACGGGUACUAUCAGUUUCAUUUACUCUUCACGGAGGACAGGUGGCUUUUUCAGCCAAACAAGCAAGUUCCUCAUGAGCCCAAGACCUUCCGAUGGACGCGCGUGUGUGACCCUCUCGUGAACUACUCGUGGGCUGUUGGGAUCUUCAUCGGGAUCUUCACAGCAUCGAGAGUGAGUGCGGUGCGAGGCAAGAUGGUGAUCUUCGGGGUAGUCUGGUUUGGAGCCAUCGUCUACUUUCUCUCAGGUUGCCUCGACUACAUCCAGUGCCGCUUCGUCGGCGACGGCAUCGGCGCCUCCUGCAACGGGAACUGGAGUCUGUCAGCCUCAUUCUGCGUCUUCACUGCUCUGUACUGUGCCUACUUCGCACAGAAGUACAUCUGGGUUGUGCUCUACAUCCUGCAAGGAGGAUACUGCAUCUACACCACAACCAUGGGGCACAUCACACCUUUCUGGGCUGUCAUCAUGUUCCGAGUGUACGGAGGGACUCUGUUCGCUCUCGUUGUGCUCAUCAUCGUUCGCUACCGCGUCUCUCUCGUGCACGCGUACAACGGCAUCCUGAAGCACACGACUAGGAUCGAGCAGGCCUGGGACAGGAUCAUCGAGCGAGACUCGGAGGUCCUGCUGGACAUCGCCAGCAAGUCGCGGGCCAUCAACCGGGCGAUCAAGUCCGGGUUUGCGAGGGCGAGGAAACAACGGAAGUUGAGCAUGACAUUGACUUGUAAUGGGUCACGACGCUCUCGCUUCUCGACACGAGGCAAGAUCCUUCAGAUCCCCACCAAGAUUCAAAAGCUGGGCCAGAAAAGCUGA